UAUCAUGACUUGUAAGAAAAAAUAAUAACUUUCUUUGAAAUUAAAAGUUAUCGUUCACUAAAAUUUAUCAAAAUAAUUUGCAUUUUCUUUUAUUUUUAUCUCGAAAAUAUUUUUCUCAUAUCAAACAUCUUCAAGGUAAGCUUCAAGGUAAUAUGACAUGUAAACAAAAACAAACUGAAUUGAACGUUGGUAGAUGAAUCGCUUUCGGUUUUUCGUAUCAUUCGCGCUUUUUUUUUAUGAUAAAAGUAAUGCAAUCAUGAUAGUUAGAGUGUAAUUUUUAAGAAAUAUCAUGUAACUUAAUUCACUCUUUAAAAUUAAGAACUUUUUUGUUGUAAAUAAUGGCCUCGAAAUCAUUUAAUCCUUCUGUUUUGAAAUUAAUAUCUCUCCGUGAGCAAGGAUUAAUAAGAAAUAAAAUUUAUAAAGAGAAUAUUGUAAGUUCACAAUUAAAACACGAACCGCAAGAACCUCAAUCGAUUGAAGACAUGUUUAAAAUAUAUCAUUUUGAAUAUGUAAGAGCUGAUACAGAUGGAAAUCUGAUUGGAGUUAGUCUUUACAAUAGUAGACUUUUACUGACAAACUUACGACCGAAAGCAAUUAGCCGCAUAUACGUAAUGCAUUUUACGUAUAAUCCUUCCUGUGUUAAAGGCCCAAAAAAUCGUAAUUCAUUGAUAUCGUCAUUUAAAACUAAAAAAACUCUCAGGGAAUGUCUUAUCAUUACAGAUACGACAGAUGUUCAUAUAGGCGGAAAAAAUCCCAUAUUAUUUGCUGGUAAUUCUUACAGAGAAGGGAUGGCUGGUUUAACUUAUUUUAACUGUGAAGGAAAAAAUUUAGAUUAUGAAUGGAGAGUUCAGGGUGAAGCUUUUUGUUGCACAAGCUGCAAUUUUACACAGCAAUUUGCCUUGGGAUGUGAGGAUGGUUAUUAUUUAUUUAAUACAAUUCGUAUGGAUGAAAAGAGAGUAUUGAUUGAUGAAAAUGUGUUAAGUUUGCAAUUUAGUAAUGAUGGUAAUUUUCUCCUACUAAGUACUGAUAAAAAAGGUGUCAGUAUUUGUGAUAUAAGAGAACAUGCGUGCUACAGAAGAUAUUGUGCGAUAAAGCAAGAAUAUGGAACUUCAUGUCGAAAGCGUUAUACUAUUCAAACUACUUCAAAUCAUGUAAGAGAAAUGAAACUAUUGAAUGAUCAAACAUCACUGAUAUGUGUUAAUCAUGCAGGGUGUCUAGAAAAGGCAGAUAUAAGGAUGAUGAAAACUGUUUUUCAAUAUCAAGGACAUCAAGAACAUAUGUAUAGAAGAAGCAUUUGUUUAAAUGAAGAAUUGGAUCUUAUUUGUGCUCCAGGAAAAGACAAAAUUGUGCGAAUUUGGUCUCUCAGCUCUGGAAAAUUAAACUAUGAGAAGAAAGUUUUUGAUAGAACUUAUUGCUUGUUGAAUAAUGAACCUCCUCAUUGCUGCUUUGUUUCAAAUCAAAGACGUUGGUUUCUUUCUGUGAUUCAGGAUAAUGUUUUAGUACCUGUGGUGCCAAAUGAUGAAUUUCCAGAUGCAAGUGAAAAUGAUGCUUCAUUUUCAUACAGAUAGCCUUAUUCUGUUACUAUACAAAUAAUCAACAUUCUAGCAAUUUAGACUUUUUCAUUUCUACUUUCGAUUAUGUAACAGCAUUCACUCUUACAAAUAGGCAAUAUCUAAAAUUAAACAACAAAAUUCUCCUAUUUAUUAGAUUUUAAUUUUUUAUUUACUUUCAUUUAUUCAGUUGACUCUUAUUUUAGAUUCGCAGUUUCUCAAUUCUGUGAAACCCUUCUAAGUUCUCAAUAGAACUUGUUGCUUUACCAAUAAUGAGCCUUCUCAAUGCUGCUUCAUUUCUAAUCAAAGAAGUUAGUUAUUUUUUUAUAAUUCAGGAUGUUAAGUUUCUGAAUUCAAAUUGAAAAUAAAGUUGCAUUUUUGUGCAAAUACCUUUCUCUAUUCUUACACUUAUGAUCAUUUCUCUUUAAAAAAAACUAAACAUUCCUUUAUGUAUAAGCUUCUACAAGGUCGAAAGUUUCAAGCAAAAACUUAUUUUAAAUCACUGGCAAAUAUCUAUAUCUUAUAACAUAUAUCUUUAUAUCUGAUAGCAUAUAUCUAAUAAUCAUUUCUAUAUCUAAUAAUAUGGAAUACUUGUUUUAUUUUGCAGAAAAUUCAUGGCCUCUGUAGAGGGUUCAAGUAUGAAUCACAUGUAUGCAAGUGUAAAAAAAAGUGAUUGUUUUUCCAUUGAAAGCAUUUGUUUCAACUUUAGCAUUUUUUUAAUUUUUUUUUUUUAAUUUAUUCUUGUGAGUCAUUUUAUUUAUGUAUUAUUUCAAUGAAAUUAAUUUUAUUUUUUUGUUAAAUUAUAAGUCUGUUAUUCAUGAUGAUUGUUUUCAUAUUGUUAUUUUUGUUUAAAAUAAAAGAUUCAAGAUUUUAAUUUUAAAAAAUAAAUUAUUUAUAAAAACUU